CCUGCAUGGACAGGGCAACAUUUGCCUGUUCCACUGCCUUUUUUCGUGACUACAGUAGUUCAUCUCAGGGUUCAUUCUGCCUCCCCGGAGGACACGUUGACUUUAUUGAAAAAGUAGAAUCAUUCACUUACUCAGACUUCUUCCGGGAUUAUUUGAUUCCCAACCAUCCCUGUAUUUUCUCAGCUAAAUUCACUGAAGACUGGGGCAGCAGAAGAAGUUGGGUGACUUGGGAUGGAAAGCCUAACUUUGAUUAUCUGCUGCAGAAGUUUGGAGAGGCUGUAGUACCUGUUGCCAACUGUGAUGUCAAGGAGUACAAUUCUAACCCGAAGGAGCAGCUCCCCUUCAAGGAGUAUAUCAAGUACUGGAAAGAGUACAUUAAAAAUGACUACUGUUCAUCCCGAGGGUGUCUUUAUCUAAAGGACUGGCACCUGAGCAGAGCUUUCCCUGAGCAAGAUGUUUAUACAACCCCUGUGUAUUUCUCAUCCGACUGGCUGAAUGAAUACUGGGAUGCUAUAGCUGUGGAUGAUUACCGGUUUGUCUACAUGGGACCUAAAGGUUCAUGGACUCCAUUCCAUGCUGAUGUCUUCCGUUCCUAUAGCUGGUCAGCCAAUAUAUGUGGGAGAAAGAAAUGGCUGUUGUACCCUGCAGGACAGGAGGAGUAUCUGAAAGACCGCCACGGCAACCUGCCCUUUGACGUGACUGCCCCUGGCCUUCAGGACAGGAGUGUUUACCCUCGCUACAACCAAAGUCAACCACCUGUGGAGAUUGUGCAGGAAGCAGGGGAGAUAGUCUUCAUCCCCAGUGGAUGGCAUCAUCAAGUUUACAAUCUGGAGGAUACCAUUUCUGUUAACCACAACUGGGUGAAUGGCUGCAAUGUGGCUAUAAUGUGGUGCUUCCUACAGGAUGAAUUAGCAGCUGUCCAGCGGGAAAUUAAUGAAUGGAAAGACCCUAUGGAUGAUUGGCACCUACAAUGCCAGUUGAUCAUGAAGUCUUGCACAGGUAUAGACUACAAGGAGUUCUAUAACUUCCUCAAAGUUAUUGCAGAGAACAGGAUUUCUGUCUUGGAAAAUGGCCUCGAUGACGAAGCUUCAGCAAAAAACACUCCAAAAGCUGCCAUUUCCACCUUGGGCAUGCUCCAUGCAGUGUUUGAUUUAAAGAGGACUGUGAAGGUGUUAACAUCAUUGAGUGCUAAUGAAGAUUUCAAGAAACUAGACCUGACGUCACUUUCUCCACCUCCGGAGGCAUUGCUCCACCACUUGAAAGCAGCAAUAGAUACAGCGCUACUCUAACUUCCUAUUUAUUCCAUUCUUUGUAAAACAAACCUUUUGCAAAAUGUUUGUAGAAGACUAACUUCUCCCUGUUUAAUAGCUCUUCCAGUU